AUGAGCAGGUCUCGCGCCUCCAUCCAUCGGGGGAGCAUCCCCGCGAUGUCCUAUGCCCCCUUCAGAGAUGUACGGGGACCCCCUAUGCACCGAACCCAAUACGUUCAUUCCCCAUAUGAUCGUCCUGGUUGGAACCCUCGGUUCUGCAUCAUCUCGGGGAACCAGCUUCUCAUGCUGGAUGAGGACGAGAUACACCCCCUUCUGAUCCGGGACCGGAGGAGCGAGUCCAGUCGCAACAAACUGCUGAGACGCACAGUCUCCGUGCCGGUGGAGGGGCGGCCCCACGGCGAGCAUGAAUACCAUUUGGGUCGCUCGAGGAGGAAGAGCGUCCCAGGGGGGAAGCAGUACAGCAUGGAGGCCGCCCCCGCUGCACCCUUUCGGCCCUCGCAAGGCUUCCUGAGCCGGAGGCUAAAAAGCUCCAUCAAACGUACGAAGUCACAACCCAAACUUGACCGGACCAGCAGCUUUCGCCAGAUCCUGCCUCGCUUCCGAAGUGCUGACCAUGACCGGGCCCGGCUGAUGCAGAGCUUUAAGGAGUCGCACUCUCACGAGUCCUUGCUGAGUCCUAGCAGCGCGGCCGAGGCCUUGGAGCUUAACCUGGAUGAAGAUUCCAUUAUCAAGCCAGUGCACAGCUCCAUCCUGGGUCAGGAGUUCUGUUUUGAGGUAACAACAUCAUCAGGAACAAAAUGUUUUGCUUGUCGUUCUGCGGCCGAAAGGGACAAAUGGAUCGAGAAUCUACAGCGGGCGGUAAAACCCAACAAGGACAACAGCCGCCGGGUGGACAACGUGUUGAAGCUGUGGAUCAUAGAGGCGCGGGAACUGCCCCCCAAGAAGCGGUACUAUUGUGAGCUCUGCCUGGAUGAUAUGCUGUAUGCACGCACCACCUCCAAGCCCCGCUCAGCCUCGGGGGACACCGUCUUCUGGGGCGAGCACUUCGAGUUCAACAAUCUGCCAGCCGUCCGGGCCCUGCGGCUGCAUCUGUACCGUGACUCAGACAAAAAGCGCAAGAAGGACAAGGCGGGCUAUGUCGGCCUGGUGACUGUGCCUGUGGCCACCCUGGCUGGGCGCCACUUCACAGAGCAGUGGUACCCCGUGACCCUGCCGACAGGCAGUGGGGGCUCAGGGGGUAUGGGGGGCUCGGGAGGGGGAGGGGGCUCAGGGGGUGGCUCAGGGGGCAAGGGCAAAGGAGGUUGCCCGGCUGUGCGGCUGAAAGCGCGUUACCAGACAAUGAGCAUCCUGCCCAUGGAGCUGUAUAAGGAGUUUGCAGAGUACGUCACCAACCAUUAUCGGAUGCUGUGUGCGGUGUUGGAGCCCGCCCUGAAUGUCAAGGGCAAGGAGGAGGUCGCCAGCGCACUGGUUCACAUCCUGCAGAGUACGGGCAAGGCCAAGGACUUCCUUUCAGACAUGGCCAUGUCCGAGGUGGACCGGUUCAUGGAACGGGAGCACCUCAUAUUCCGCGAGAACACGCUCGCCACUAAAGCCAUAGAAGAGUACAUGAGACUGAUUGGUCAGAAAUACCUCAAGGAUGCCAUCGGGGAAUUCAUCCGUGCUCUGUAUGAAUCUGAGGAGAACUGUGAGGUAGACCCCAUCAAGUGCACGGCGUCCAGUCUGGCAGAGCACCAGGCCAACCUGCGGAUGUGCUGUGAGUUGGCCCUGUGCAAAGUGGUCAACUCCCAUUGCGUGUUUCCGAGGGAGCUGAAGGAGGUGUUUGCGUCUUGGCGGCUGCGCUGCGCAGAGAGGGGCCGGGAGGACAUCGCAGACCGGCUGAUCAGCGCCUCGCUCUUCCUGCGCUUCCUCUGCCCGGCCAUCAUGUCACCCAGUCUCUUUGGGCUCAUGCAGGAGUACCCAGAUGAGCAGACCUCACGAACCCUCACCCUCAUCGCCAAGGUCAUCCAGAACCUGGCCAACUUUUCCAAGUUUACCUCAAAGGAGGACUUUCUGGGCUUCAUGAACGAGUUUCUGGAGCUGGAGUGGGGUUCCAUGCAGCAGUUCCUGUACGAGAUCUCCAACCUGGACACACUGACCAAUAGCAGUAGCUUUGAGGGUUACAUUGACCUGGGCCGAGAGCUCUCCACGCUGCACGCCCUGCUCUGGGAGGUGCUGCCCCAGCUCAGCAAGGAAGCCCUCCUGAAGCUGGGCCCACUGCCCCGGCUCCUCAACGACAUCAGCACAGCUCUGAGGAACCCCAACAUCCAACGGCAGCCGAGCCGUCAGAGCGAGCGGCCCCGGCCUCAGCCUGUGGUGCUGCGGGGCCCUUCGGCCGAGAUGCAGGGCUACGUGAUGCGGGACCUCAACAGCUCUAUGGACAUGGCUCGCCUCCCCUCCCCAACCAAGGAAAAGCCCCCCCCACCGCCGCCUGGUGGGGGGAAAGACCUGUUCUAUGUCAGCCGCCCACCCCUGGCCCGGUCCUCACCCGCAUACUGCACGAGCAGCUCGGACAUCACAGAACCGGAGCAGAAGAUGCUGAGUGUCAACAAGAGCGUCUCCAUGCUGGACCUGCAGGGUGACGGGCCCGGUGGCCGCCUCAACAGCAGCAGUGUGUCCAACCUGGCAGCCGUCGGGGACCUGCUGCACUCGAGCCAGGCCUCCCUGACUGCGGCCUUGGGGCUGCGGCCUGCGCCUGCUGGCCGCCUCUCCCAGGGGAGCGGCUCAUCCAUCACAGCGGCCGGCAUGCGUCUCAGCCAGAUGGGCGUCACCACGGACGGUGUCCCUGCCCAGCAACUGCGCAUACCCCUCUCCUUCCAGAAUCCUCUCUUCCACAUGGCUGCUGAUGGGCCAGGCCCCCCAGGGGGCCACGGAGGGGGCGGAGGCCACGGUCCACCCUCCUCCCAUCACCACCAUCACCACCAUCACCACCACCGUGGUGGAGAGCCCCCAGGGGACACCUUCGCCCCAUUCCAUGGCUAUAGCAAGAGCGAGGACCUCUCCUCAGGGGUCCCCAAGCCCCCCGCUGCUUCCAUCCUCCACAGCCACAGCUACAGUGAUGAGUUUGGACCCUCUGGCACUGACUUCACCCGUCGGCAGCUCUCACUCCAGGACAACCUGCAGCAUAUGCUGUCUCCUCCCCAGAUCACCAUUGGUCCCCAGAGGCCCAUUCCCCCAGGGCCUGGAGGUGGGAGCGGCGGUGGGGGCAGCGGCGGGGGUGGCGGGGGCCAGCCGCCUCCGUUACAGAGGGGCAAGUCUCAGCAGUUGACAGUCAGCGCUGCCCAGAAACCCCGGCCGUCCAGCGGGAACCUGUUGCAGUCGCCGGAGCCAAGUUAUGGCCCUGCCCGUCCGCGGCAACAGAGCCUCAGCAAAGAGGGCAGCAUUGGGGGCAGCGGGGGCAGCGGCGGUGGAGGGGGUGGGGGGCUCAAGCCCUCCAUCACCAAGCAGCAUUCUCAGACGCCAUCCACGCUGAACCCCACGAUGCCAGCCUCCGAGCGGACGGUGGCCUGGGUCUCCAACAUGCCUCAUCUGUCAGCUGACAUCGAGAGUGCCCACAUCGAGCGGGAAGAGUACAAGCUCAAGGAAUACUCGAAGUCCAUGGACGAGAGCCGGCUGGAUAGGGAGUAUGAGGAGGAGAUCCACUCGCUGAAGGAGCGGCUGCACAUGUCCAACCGGAAGCUGGAAGAGUAUGAGCGGAGGCUGCUGUCCCAGGAAGAACAGACCAGCAAAAUCCUGAUGCAAUAUCAGGCCCGGCUGGAACAGAGCGAGAAGAGGCUAAGGCAGCAGCAGGCAGAGAAGGACUCACAGAUCAAGAGCAUCAUUGGCAGGCUGAUGCUGGUGGAGGAGGAGCUGCGCCGGGAGCACCCCGCCAUGGCUGAGCCACUGCCCGAACCCAAGAAGAGGCUGCUCGACGCUCAGGUGGAAAUUACAAUGUCAUUUAUCUUCUCCGUGUCCCAUCCCCAUCCAUCCCACUGUCCUUCGUGCAGUCACUGCACCAGCCACCCCAGCCCCAUCGCCAUCCGUCUCUCCCAUUGUUCUCCGUUUGUCCACUGGCUGCUCCCGGCAGCCCCCAAGUGACCCCAUUUUCAUCCCAUCGUCUGUGCCUUUGUCACUCCCAGCAGUGUCAGCCCCCCUCCCCUGCCGUGCCUCCCCACCCUGCCUUUCCCACUUCUGUUUGCAUUUCAGGACCUCCUACCAGAGCCUCAGACCCCACCAAGUUCCUGGACCCCUGCCCCUGCUGGGCCCGCCCCUGUGUGAGUCAGGGAGUUUGGCCUCCUCUGAGCUCCUCUCGGGACAGGAGGGCCAGAGGCUGCAGUUUGCUAGAACAGAGCCCAGGGCAGUAGGAGUGCUAGUGUCCCCAGGCUCCGGCUGGUGCCCUGGGGACUUGGGGUACUCGUCACCACUGUUCUCUGGGCCCCCCAAUCCCCAUCACUCCUUGACAGCCGCCGCUGGGACUCCUCUUCCCAACUCCUCAGAUCCUGAAAGCCCCCUGCCCUGUAAGCUCUCCCUUCCUUCCCUCAGUGUUGAAGCCUUAGCUGCCUUCUUUGGCCUGCCUCUCCCUGUGGUCCUCACUCCUGACUGACCUCUCCAGCUCCUGGCUGCUCUCCCUCUCUCUCACCAGCCAACCUUUAGGACCUCCCUCCUGCCCCCUUAACCCCUUGUUCUCCCCCAAUUCUGCUCACUUCCCACCCAUGCUCCUCUUUCCUCUGCUCUGACCUCCAGGCUUCCCCCGCAGCACCACCAAGGCUCCUGACCCCAUGACCCCACUCUCUCC